CGAAAUGCGUGAAUCUCAAAGCACAGCAUCACUCUCGUUUGCGGGCGAACUGGAUGAAGGACUAAACGGCUCCACGAUGUUUUCGCGGCUUCACGUCCAUCUUCUCCGGCGAUUCCCCUUGCUGAUCCUCGCCGGAGAAGCUCUCGCUCCCGCCACCAGUAGCCUCGGCAACCGACCCUCGCCUCUCUCCCCACAUCCCAUACCAACAGCUGGAUGCAAUGGAACUAGCUUCAGUCUCUAUUCUCCACUCUCAUUUCGGCUAGCGAUUCACAAGAGAGGCUUAUGCUUUCCAGCGAUAGCUACAAUGGAAACCGGCGAUGGUGCCCCAUCCUCGUCCUACCUUUCUGUUCUUAUCCAUUGCCCCAAAGACGAUGCUGUUGUACUCUCUGAAGCAUUGCUGUGCUUUGGUGCGUGUUCUGCUAGUGUGGACGAGUUCAGCAGUCAUGAUGAGCUUGAUGAGAUAUGUAUCACUUCAAUAUUUAUGGAUGGUCAAGAUGUUCAUACAUGCAUCUCGCAAGCAGUGAAUUCUGUUGGUUUAAAGUAUAUGCCAAUUUAUGAUGUCACAAAGGGCGAGCAGUGUGAUUGGGCAACAAGCAUACAGGAAAAUUUUCAACCUAUUGAGGUGGCUGAUGGUCUCUGGAUUGUGCCUAGCUGGAUAACUCCCCCAAUGUUAGAAGCAACAAAUAUAAUCCUUAAUCCCGGAUUGUCGUUUGGGACAGGGGAACAUCCCACAACAAAGUUGUGUUUGUUGCUCUUAAAACAUUCAAUAAAAGGAGGAGAAUAUUUCUUGGAUUAUGGCACAGGCUCUGGAGUUUUGGGAAUUGCUGCCGUGAAGAUGGGUGUAGUAUCGUCUGUUGGAAUAGAUAUAGACCCACAAGCAGUGACCUCUGCACUCCAAAAUAUGGCCUUAAAUGAGAUAAGCUCAAAUAGAAUGUCUGUUCACUUGGUUCCUAACAAUGUCAACUCCCUCCCAGCUGAUGAAACAACCAGUGAUGAUCAAGCCUCUUAUAGCUUGGAGUUUGGUAAUGAGAAAGGGAAGUUUGACAUUGUCAUUGCAAACAUACUUCUGAAUCCUUUGGUUGAAUUAGCAGACCAUAUUCUUGGAUUUGGAAAGACUGGAGCAGUCAUUGGCCUCUCAGGAAUUUUAUCCGAGCAGGUGCAACAAGUGAAAGAACGGUAUUCAGAGUAUUUACAUGACAUAUCAGUCUCUGAAAUGGAUGGUUGGGCUUGUCUCCAUGGCAUUAAAAAGGAGAUAACAAAGGAAAAAUGAUGCAAAAGGUACAACAAUGU